CAACCCCAUGUGACAUUUAAUUAUAGGUAACAAUACAUGUUUGUUGCUUUGAUUAACAUUCAUUAAUUAUUUAUCCAAUAGUACUGCAUUUUUCAUGUGAACUUAAAAUAUACAUGUCUAAGAAACCGAUACAACUUGAUCUUUUUUAAUUCGAUGCUGAUGUGGAAUUUUGUAUGCUAGAAAGUGGGAUAAAGUCCAAUACAAUGGCACCAACAAAUAAUUUCCAUGCAGAUGUGUAUCAACAUUGUGAUUUUGGAGCUCAUCAAAACUUCGUUGAAUCUUCAAAGGCACUUAUACAAAACACAAAUGCUCGUCUUGAUCGAUUGAAUACAAUGUCGAAUGACCUAAGAAGACUUGCAAGCCUUAUAAAAGACGACCGUGACGAAAACGAGCAAUGUCAACUGUUACCCGAUAUCAAAGCUAUCGGCGAUAUAGAUAACAGCAAACAAACACAACAAACCAAACGCCAAAGUAUAAAGAUUUUUAUUCCAAUCGACGGUCCGAUUUCGGAUACCAAAGACAGAACGAUCCAAACAGAGAAGACACAGAAAUUAACAAAACCAAAAAGUAUACCAAAGAAGAAUAAAGAACUUCUAAAUAAAAAGAGUAAAGAGGUCACAGAAAAGUCAAAUGGACUUCACAAACAAAAGAAAAUCGAUUUAACGAAGCUUCAAAAUAAUACAGAAGAAAACAAUACUUUUGUUCCAAAUAUUUUUAACGGAGGACAUAGAAGUGAAAAUGGUGGAACUUACGGGAAUGCACAUGACUGUAAUACCCGAAUAGAUACACAGGAAUCUGAAACUACGAACCCAGACUUUAAUGCCAGAUAUAUUUCUUCAGCACAACAACAUAGUUGUUUAAUUCACAAGUUUGGAUGCAGUGACGCAAAUAAUAAAAUAGUACACAAUGAAAUCAGAGAACCGAAGACAAUGGCCUCUACUCCGACUCAGAUUAAAGCCAAUAUUGUGGAUCUGUCACUUCCUUCUCGGUCCAAGUAUCUUACUUUUGACAAAUAUGAUGAGAGAAAUAAUGACAUGAAGAAGGUGGAGUGUUACCCACUGGGCCUGUUUCAAACAUCCACAUCAUCAAAGUUUAGGUAUAACAAUAGAGAAACAAAGAGCGAUGUGUUACGACGUCAGGUUUUACAACCAAAGAGAAUAACACUCCAUGCCAACAGUGUCUCAGAAAUAAUCACUGAACGAUCAGUUUUACCACUAGACAAGUUUUCUGUCGGUUUUCGGUUUCGUAUUGGAAAGAAAUCAGACACCGAACACAAGUGCAACAGAAGACUGCAAUACUCUUCUAUGGACUAUUCUCUCGUUUUAAAAUCCUCAGGUUAUUAAAUUUCUGCCACAGUAAUCUAUAAAUCUUCUAAUUUUGAACUUAUCUUACUUUAUUGUUACCAGAACCUUGAAUGAAAAGAGCUCUGGUCAGAUUCGAUCUCUUCAUUCAAUAGUACGAGAAUAUGCAAUUGACAAGCAUUGUUCCAAGAUUUGAAUUUUAUUUCAUUUUUUAGGCAAUAC